GUAAAAGAAAGAAAAAAGAUCUGGGUCGAUCGGAGUAUGAAAUAAGAUUUCUUCGGGGUUGAAGAAGAGGCAAGACGACGAUGGCUCUGUAUUCGUCUUCCUCCUCAAGCAGCGAACUGGACUCGCCGGUGGAAGUACUGCGGCGGCCGCCGCAGAAUGUAAGUUGUGUUCCUUCAUAACACCCUUUUCUAUUUGCAUUAUUGGGAUUUGGGCAUUAAAUUCAUUGGACAGGCAAAUCAAGUUUAUAUUGAUGGGAUUGGGCAUGGAAUAAGGACCAUUAUAUAUUCUAGAUCGAGUUUGAAUGAAAUGUUCGGGGUGGAGGGGGCGUACUCUGCGAAUUCUGAGAGGGUGGCCUCAGAUGUGGUUAACACACUGUUGGAGUGCGAUUUUCAUAUUAGGGCUCAAGGUGAAAUUACUCCUUCAAUUGAAUUCACGGAGAUCUUGAAAGUCCUCAGAGUCUACCUUGAUUUUGGUUUCCAUACAUUGACAGAAACUAUUGAUACACAUUCAGUUUAUGGGUUGAUUUUGAAUGUUCUCUUCGAGCUGCGUGCUUGUCAUGUCAUCCCAGUGUUUGUCCGGAUGUCUGGUCUUCAUCUCACAGAAGAGCAGAAGAGGCUUGACAGGGCUAGUAUGCUUGUGCCGUUGCUGGAGGCGAACAACUUGAUGGAGGCUUCAACUUGGAUUUUAAACAACAUGGAUGUUUUUGACCAUACCGUUCCCUUUUGGGACACUGAGAUGCUGAUAAUAGCAUUGGUGGUUUAUUCGAAGGGGGAGGGGGUGCAAGAAACUUUUAGUCGUGUUCUGCAACAUGUCAAUGCCCAUCCGAGUUUAACAUCCGAGCAAGUUAAGGAUCUCAUCAUGCUGCUAUACCGCAGAGUAUGCGAUGAAGAACUUGUUUCAGUUUCUGAAGUAAAAAAUCAUGUCACAAAGCUUUUUGAUAAAGUUUGGAAGCCUUUUUGCGAAGGAAACGGUGUAUACUGGAUAGAGAUUCCAUCCCGCUCAGCUGUGGAUGACACAUUUUCAGACUAGGACUGAACUAGCAGGAAUUCCAUAAAUGGUGGCCACGGUUUGUGCAAAUUCUGUCUAGACAAUGCAACUGUUUCCUCUAUUUCUUGGCAUCCCCAUGUGACGGGUGUUAGUGCAAGUUGCUUACAAGUUAUGUUAUCAUCUUGGGUAUGUGAGAUGUGGAAAAGCCAUUCUUCAACAUUCAAUCCGUAUGAUCAAAUGUGUCGAGUGUGAGCUGAUCUUAUGACAUUAAUACUACAUACACAUGUUGCAGCUACCAUCUGCGAGUAGGGUAAUGAACUUAGAGUUGAAAAUGAUCUAGAGAUCAACCUUGCGGUAGAUAAUCUUCUGAAAUUGACAGUAAUUUAGUCGUGAGCAGUUGCUGCUACAGAAGCAAAAUAUACUCGAGAUUCUAACAAAAUUAGAACUAAUCCAACAACAAGUAAGUAUAAGCAUAUGGAAUGAACCAUGUAUAAUAAAUAGAUUUGCUCUUAGGCAUUGAAAUUCACAAUGUGAGGCGAAAUGAGGUUCUCUCAUAAUCACGCUAGAAAUGAGCCAUAUAUAUGUUGAUAGCUAUUGCUUGCCUGACGAAUAGUGAAUUGGGCAAUUAAAACACAAAGCAAGGGAGUCCAAUGAUUUUA